AUGAAAGCAAGAACGGGCUAUUCGACUUCACUCAAACGAGAAUUCCUAAAGAGAUGGAUAAAUGGUCUCCAUAUAUACAGUAAUUUAAAGAAGGACAUGAGCAUUUUGGAGAGAAAAAGGGCCAUAAAGUUAUCAGCAGAUGUGGCCAUUGCUUCCACCAGAAAUGCCAGCACUCUUUGGAGUCGCACGCUAAUGGCCAACAUUUCGAAAAAUGAGACGAACGAAAGUCUUGUUGAACAAAUAUUUUCGGAUUCGGAAGUAAUUAAGAAGAGAGCUUCAAUUAGAUUGAUGGCAUGCAGCAAUAGAAUUACAAGCAAGAAGAUUGUGAGAAGAAGCCAUAUUACUAAAAUUAGAGCUAGAAAAAUGGGAUUGGGACCCCAUGCAGUUAAGGCCAGCUACAUCGCAAAGAAAUUGGUGAAGAACAGAACCCAAGUGCUUAAAAGUCUUGUACCUGGGGGACAAAAUAUGGGUGAAGUUUCUUUGAUUAAGGAAACCCUAGAUUACAUUGCCUCUCUUCGAGUUCAAGUGGAUGUAAUGCGGCGUCUUGCAAGUGCUGCUGAACAUUCAACAUGGUCAUUAUAA